AAGUCAAAAGUUUUAUAGCAUGCAUAGGCUCAUUUGCAUUUGUGCACCUGCCAGAUAGAAACAAAAAAGUGCAGUAUAAACAAAACACGUCUGGAGGUUUGGACAGAUAAGAAAACUAAAUUUAUGAUUAUUCUACUGUUUUUUCGCCAAAAUUUUCAAUUAAUUUACAUCGCGAAGUAGUGAACAUUCUUCCCAACAAUGGAGACGCAACCGCAGCAGGAAUCUGCUCUUGCUGGAGAAUUUCUGGACGACGUUCCCAGUGACAAUCCGGAAACGUUCUGUCGGUUGUGCUUCUCGGAGGAGAACGUCGCUCCACUGUUCCCCCCGGAUGGAAGCUACAUACGCGAGUUAACAGAAAAGAUUCAGGCCUGUGCUGGAGUACGGAUCUCAAUACGCGAGGAUUACCCAUCGGGGAUUUGCCAGUCUUGUGUGGCAUUUCUGGAGGAAGUUCAUCAGUUCCAGAACAGGAGCAAACACUGUGACGAGGUUAUCCAGGCCAAGCGAAACGUCCUGGAACCACAGAUUCAUGUUAAGGUAGAGAUGCGAGAGGAUGACGGAACGGGGCGGCCUACCUUAGUGGAAGGAAUACCAGGUCCGCAGGAGACACAAGUGUAUCCGCAAGCAAAUUGCCUAACGGAGAGCAGUAUUAUAGCAGAUGCCAUAACAACCAGCCUGAAUGGAAUCGGAGAACUGAUGGGAUCGUUUUCCGGGGCAAUGGAUCAGCUGGUAUUUCCCAAAAUGGAAGCAUCGAUUGCGGCCAACGCCAACAAGGAACACCGUUGCAUGGUUUGCAGUCAGGUGUUCCCAGAUAGAGAAUCGUGGAUGAUUCACCUGGGAGACCACGCCGAGGAACGACCCUAUCAAUGUUUAGAAUGCUUUGCCCAGUUCCGGGAGAAGCGUUCACUCGCAAGGCACAUGAAAGCCGUCCACGAGGAAGUGCGGGACCGAAAGUGUCCACAUUGUCCCAAGUCGUUCAAGUACAGUCACCACUUGAGAUACCACAUCCGAACGCAUACCGGGGAGCGGCCGUAUGUGUGUGACAUUUGCCAGGACAGCUUCUCGCAGCACAUCCAGUGGAAGCGACACCAGGCCAAGCACCAGCUGCGACCGGAACAGCUCCAGAUCGCUACCCGGACCGGUGUAAUUACGGAGGACUCGUCGAUAAAGUGCGAGUUUUGUCCACGGGUUUUCUCCCGACUGCAGGACUACCGGCGACACGCACCGAGCCACAACGCCGAGAAUCUGAACUUGGACAGUCUGGCCAAGCACCAGUUGGCCAACUUGCCACCGUUGAAUCCGCGCUAGUGUUCUAUGUAGUACCCGGCAAUUGUAACGGAAAUAAAGCACACGGACGAGAGAAAC